UUAGUUGGUUAAAUUGCAGAACUUGUUCAUAUUUGGUGGUAUAUAUACACUUUGUUAAUUGUGUAUUUGUUUAUCCUGGUCUUUUGACCAUGCCUCCCAAGAAGGUGCAACAGAAGAAAGGGGUUCGGGUGCUGAAGCAGGCCACCAAGCACCCUUCCUCAAUGCAGCAUCAAUCUUCUGACGAGGAGGAGGAUUUGGGGACCAUCCAUGCCUUGGUGGCUAGAGUUGAAGCGCUUGAAAGGGAACGCAGGCAGACUCAGGACGUUGAUGCGGGUCCCAGUUCCGGACCUGUAGGUAAGAAAUCUGCUAGGUUAGCUUCCAAAAUGACUAAAUCUCAUCUUCUCGACGACUUGGUUUCUAGAGUUGGUGUGCUUGAAGAUGCUAUGCCCAUGGAGGGGUCUUCGGUGCAUACUCCUCCAGUUGGUUUGCUUGCUGUUCCGCCCACGAAUCUUACCUUGCCUGAACUUGAGCGUCGGGAUGUACAGAUGCCUGUCCAUUCAACACCCGCCACGUUCACUCCCGGGUCUCCAGGGUUCACCAUGCCGCCGGUCAUUGCUUCUCCUGCAACUUAUACAGGUUUGCUAAGCAUCCCUAUUCCCGUGAGGAUCGCCUUGUGUGGCCACUCAAUUUUGUUUUGGGCUCAUCGGAGGGCUUCUUCGUCUGCUCCUGGGACCCAGCUGCAGCUUUCUGCUACCGCUACAGUUCACUGGGUAGCCCGGAGGGGCAUGUUAUGGGAUGCGUUUUUGCCUUCCGUGUGCCGUAUUAUGUCUUCUAUGGAUCGGCCACAUAUAUUAUUAAUCCAUUUAGGGGAAAAUGAUUUGGUGCAGAGUCCUGGUGUGGACCUGCUUCUUAAGGUUACUCGCGAUCUCACAUGGCUUCUUAAUUCCUAUCCACGCCUUAUAAUUGUGUGGUCUGAUAUGCUUGUUAGAAGGGUGUGGAGGGGUGCUAUUCAUCCCAACAGGAUCGAUUGAUCCCGGAAAUGGGUGAAUAGGAAGAUCAGGGCUCUUGUCCUGUCGCUUGGGGGGGCAUUCAUUCCCCACGACAGGAUUAGGUUCCAUGCCCCACAUUUGUUUCGUGGGGAUGGUGUUCAUCUUUCGGACCAGGGGUGUGAUUUAUUUUUAGAGGAUAUUAUGAAGGGUUUAAGGGUUUUGUUGUCUUCGUUGGGUGGAGUGGACCAAGCUUGAGCUGAUCCCCUCCUGUGGCAUAGAAUUCGGGCAGGUGAGGUAUAGUGGGGGAUUAUAUAUUUAGGUGGUUAAGGCAUCACAAAAGGAGCACUUCCCAGGGAACCAUCAGGGUUCAUCUCUGGUGGGGAUCUGGGUGGUGUCCUUAUGGGACCGGCUUGCGCAUCAUGGUGAACGCCUGUACGGCGGGGCCAUGGUGUGGAGGUUGGAACCACGUGCAUGGCUCCAAGAGCAAGGAGUGAGGAUUUUACACACGUCCUUCACUCUGGAGUUAUGCAAUAAUUAGAAUUAAUGCCUUUUGAAGGUGGGAGGGUAGUCCCACAUAGUUAGGAUUAACCUCACCUGCCCGAAGUAAUUAUAUUUGAAUGAUUGGCUGUCUUGCUUUGGAUUUAGUAUGUUAUAUUUAAUAAAUAUAACAUUAUUCCAAUCUUGUGUCAUGAGUCUUCCUUGUGUGGUGGCAAUGUCGUUCCUUUUAGGGACGGAUUUGCCGCCGCCAUUAUUAAAGGGAGGACUCGUGAAUGCUCGCGAUACAAACAUUUUAGAGCCACGUGAGAUCGUUCACCCAAUCAGGAAGGGUGUUUGAGCAGCAUAUAAAAGGCUGCUGCUUCUUCCCGCUCUUGCCUUUUUCGCCUCGCGGCACCCACCCUCCCUCCCUUGUCAGUAUGGGCUUUGCUGGUCGCCAAAAUGGGGCCGAGUAGGAAUUUUUGGGGGGGGAUUCUGAUUUAGACUCCCUUUGGUUUUGCCUACUCCAUGCUGCUCGGGUUAAUUCAAUUGGCUUUUUGGAUGGGUCGGGUUGUGUCUGCUUUGGCUAGCAUAGAAUUCGGGCAGGUGAGGUAUAGUGGGGGAUUAUAUAUUUAGGUGGUUAAGGCAUCACAAAAGGAGCACUUCCCAGGGAACCAUCAGGGUUCAUCUCUGGUGGGGAUCUGGGUGGUCUCCUUAUGGGACCGGCUUGCGCAUCAUGGUGAACGCCUGUAUGGCGGGGCCAUGGUGUGGAGGUUGGAACCACACGCAUGUCUCCAAGAGCAAGGAGUGAGGAUUUUACACACGUCCUUCACUCUGGAGUUAUGCAAUAAUUAGAAUUAAUGCCUUUUGAAGGUGGGAGGGUAGUCCCACAUAGUUAGGAUUAACCUCACCUGCCCGAAGUAAUUAUAUUUGAAUGAUUGGCUGUC